AGCUGCUGGUGGUUAAGGAGGUGAGGACUCCAUUGGAAGCAGGUCAUUUGAAAGGACUGGACAGUGAGGAUGGACUUGACUGGAUACUUCAGAGGAUCGAAUGGAGGAAAGGCGUUUAAAACUCUAAAACGGCCUGAGAGGCUGAGAUUACACCUGGAAUACAACUGGACCGAGGGGAGGACGUCAGCCACAGCCAUCGCACCGUCCUCUUCCAUGUUGGAGCCCAGCAGUGGAGAGUGCACGGUGUCACCCGGGCUCACUGGGCUUUGAUCUGGUGACACGUCUGGACGACUCUCCCCCAGCAGAAGCAACAUGUCUGCAAGAAGACCAGAAAAUGAAGGUGAUGAAUGAGGGCAGUUCCGUGUGAGUCAUGUGGAUUAAAGAUGCCUUCAGUUCAGAUAAAGACUGGCAUCAGCCCAGUGAAGGAGCUCCACAGUCAGCGCUUCAACAUGAGGGAAGCAAGUGUCAGAUGAGAUGAGAGGACCAGAGAUGAUUACCAUCAGCUUGUGGGUGGCCGGUACCAAGCUCAUACUUUCUCCUUGGUCGCCCUCGUAGCUUGGAUGGUGCGCUCAAACCCGCCUUCCACUUGUUCUUGUUCUUCACUGUGCGCCUCUCCAGGUUCUUCAGCAGCUCGGGCUGGCCACGUUUGAAGUUGGGGUGGAAAAAUGGGUAAGGAACGCCCUCUUCCCUCAUGACCCAGCUGGCCCUGCUGAAGCCAUAGAGGUUGAGCUGCCGGAUGAAGCUGGUGAAGUGCUUGGCUCUGAAGGUGUCCAGGUUUUCAGAUGGUUUGCUCUGGCGAGCCAGGAUCUGCGUCUCAAAGAUCUGCCGAUCAAUGAAGAUGACAUCGCCGGAGUCUGACCAGCGCACGGCGUUGGACUUGGGAUUGUUGGCCAUACGCCAGAGUUUGGCUGGGAAAGUGAAGGCAUUGAUGGUGGAAGCACGUGCACCUGAGAAGAAGACACAGCAUCCCGGAUCAAAAACCAUACAGAUAUGAGAGCGGUGCAACGUGAAGUCAGAGGAGCCGGGAGCGAAUCCCAAACCUGGGUAGCCUCAAGGUGAUCUCAAUCAGGCGCACCCGGGCCACUCCUUUUCUUCAAGACCCCCGCUGAACAGUGCUUCCGGUAAUGGAUGACAGUUGACGCUUCUGUCUUGAUUCAUCUUCAAAAUCUGUUCUUGCUUCCAUAUUUCCUCACGAUUUUUUAGGAUAUGGCACUGGAAACCGUUCCUAAAGACCUGCGGCACCUCCGAGCAUGUCUUCUUUGUUCUUUAGUGAAGACCAUCGACCAGUUUGAAUACGAUGGCUGUGACAACUGCGAGUCUUUCCUCCAGAUGAAGGGGAACAGAGAGAUGGUGUAUGAAUGCACGAGCUCUUCGUUCGACGGAGUGAUCGCACAGAUGAGUCCGGAGGACAGCUGGGUGGCUAAGUGGCAAAGAAUAGGGAACUUCAAGCCUGGUGUGUACGCGGUGUCGGUCACAGGCAGACUCCCUCCAGGUGUGGUGAGGGAACUGAAAAGCAGAGGAGUCAUCUACAAGUCCAGAGAUACAGCCGUUAAGACCUGACCUCAUUUUACCAGACCCAUUUAUCUUUUGCUCUUCAGUGAAAUAAAUCUUCCGAUCUUUUUUGUAAAUAAAGUGUUUGAUUGAAAUAGCUCUCCCUUUGAUUUUAGCGUUAUGUUUUUUGUUUGCCACUGUUGGUCAGUAGUGGGAGGCAAAACAUUUACUCAGUUUUGGAAUAAAGCACAAACCCUGUUUAUGCAGAAUCAAUGCGGAGUAACAAAGAAGCUAUCUCCAUCAAGAGUGAUUUUGAAAAGUCCUCUGUGGUCCGAAAUAAAAAUUAAAACAAAUAUAGAUUAAAUAUAUUUUCUUGUUCUGGCAGUGGCUCAGGGCACAGCUUGUAGUUCAUAGUUUGACUGAGUGCUUUGAGCGAGGCAGCCAUGUUGCAUUCUCUGAAAUGACACUUUUGAUAUUCUAUUCUACGAUGACGCCAUUCUAAUGGUGUGUGAGAUUUGAUUCCCGAAAGAGAAGGGGACCUGAGACGAGGGCCCCAUAAGAAUCAU